AUGAAGCCGGCGCGGCGGCCGCUGCUGGGCGCGCUGGCGCUGGCGGCGCUGCUCUCCUUCCUGCUCCUCGCCGCGCCGCCCAGCGGCCUCCUCCCCUCCACCUCCUCCUCCCGCCGCCGCCAGACCCCCACCUCGCCCUACGCGCACCGCCCCAAGCUGCUCUUCCUCCUGGCCGGCCAGUCCAACAUGGCCGGCCGGGGCGCGCCGCCGGCGCCCCUCCCCGCGCCCUACCUCCCGCACCCGCGCCUCCUCCGCCUCGCCGCCGACCGCCGCUGGGUCGCCGCCUCCCCGCCGCUCCACGCCGACAUCGACACCCACAAGACCUGCGGCCUCGGCCCCGCCAUGCCCUUCGCGCACCGCCUCCUCCUCUCCGACCCAGCCCCCUCCUCCCUCUCCGAGCCCACAGCCCCCUCCUCCGCCUCCUCCCCCGUGGUGCUCGGGCUGGUGCCGUGCGCGGUCGGCGGCACCAGGAUCUGGAUGUGGGCGCGGGGGCAACCUCUGUACGAGGCGGCCGUCGCCAGGACGCGCGCCGCCGUGGCCGACGGCGGCGGGGAGCUCGGCGCCGUGCUCUGGUUCCAGGGCGAGAGCGACACCGUCGAGGCCGACGACGCCCGCUCCUACGGCGGCAACAUGGAGCGCCUCGUCGCCGAUCUCAGGGCCGAUCUGGGCUUGCCUAGUCUGCUCGUCAUCCAGGUUGGUCUUGCAUCAGGAGAGGGGAAUUACACGGACAUUGUGAGGGAAGCUCAGCAAAAUGUCAAUCUUCCUAACGUUAUUUAUGUUGAUGCUAUGGGCCUGCCACUCAGCGAUGAUCAGUUGCACCUCUCCACGGAAGCUCAACUCCAGCUUGGUGAAAUGUUGGCGCAGGCCUAUCUAGAAUUCAACUCAUCCAGAGAUCCCAAUCUAUAGCAUCGAUAACAUUAACGGGUUUGCUAGGUGUAUAUACCAUCAUUCUUUGGAACAUUGUGAUGUAGAGUGUAGAUGAAUGUACACGGGGAGAUCUACCCGCAUAUGCAUUGUUGUUCGCUAUACGACAAUAAAACGGUUUCUCGUAGAAUUUUAGGUCGAACUGUUCGAGUGUUGUACUUGUACAUUAGAGAGGAUGACAUGGCUUCUGUUUGUUGACGUAUAACUGAAUGACAUUUGUGGUGGGAUUCA